AGCCUAAUGAUGUCUGCUUGGUGAGGGGAUGCACGUUUGCUUACAUGCGGGUUGUCGUAUUUUGGGGGGGUAAUACAGAGCUGAAAACACCCCGUUAUGACUUUUUUCGAUAAGAACUAACAACCAGUGGGAUUAUCCAUUUAACUGCACCUGUACAAGCAUCAAGACAUGGCAGCAGCACCUUUCAGCCGCAGUCAGUGGGCAUCCCAGUCGCUCCGGGUCACUGCCAGGGAGCUGUCGCUGGUCAGCGCGCGGGGCAAAAGCAACGCCAUCGCUGAGCGCUUCUCCAAGUAUCAGAAAGCCGCAGAAGAGGUGAACUCUGAGAAGAAAAAAGUGGCCGUGGAAACUGUGUCCCCCGCCCUUUGCCGUGGCAACCUGAGCGCGCUGAAAAAGCGCUGGGAGCAGCCCCCCUGCCCGGACCAACCGGCAGCCUUGCCCUGCACCUCGCCCCGCCCGCACCUCCCACCCCCAGCGGGCUCCACGCCUGAACCCAACCCAGAGAGGGACAGCAGCCCCGCAAGCACCCGGUCCCCGCUCCCCCCAGACAGCGGCAGCCCCUGCCAGUACCCCAUGAACGGAGAGGCGGAGGCAGGCAUGGAGAGGAUGAAGCCAGAGACAGAGGCGGAGGGUGAGGGCGUGGCCGCGUCGCUGCCCAGCGCCCACAUCGAGAAGCCCAGCGUGCCCCUCCACAGCCUGAAGCUGAUGUUCGAGAAGGGCGAGGGGUUGCACAAGAAGGUGUCCAGAGAGCCUGUGAGGACUGGAGGAAACGGAAGCAUCUACGCUGCCAGCCCAGAUCUGCAGCCAGGAGACAGAGGGGUUCUGGACGGGGUGACACCGUCGGAAAGCCUGCCGGAGACCACGCCUCUCCGGGACAGGAUGGCCAUGUACCAGGCAGCCAUAUCCAAGCAGGACACGCCUACCUCCGCACGCAGUGGUGAGCAGGUGGAGGCGGGGGUGCGCAGUCAGGUUGUGAAACAGAAGGAGAACAUGCCCCCAGGCUGCACAGACAUGAGUCCCACCUCUGAGCCCAGGAGCAGAAAGGAUGACGGCUCCCAUGCUAGCACUCCUGUGUCCACAGCACAACAUGACAACAGCCAGUCCAAGACUGUCAGGAAGUUUGGUCUGCCUGUGCGGGAGACCUGUGUGGCGUGCCAGAAGACUGUAUAUCCACUGGAGCGGCUGGUUGCCAGCCAACAGGUCUACCACAAUGCCUGCUUCCGCUGUUCGCACUGCAAUACCAAGCUAAGUUUGGGGAAUUACGCAUCCCUGCACAGCAAUGUGUACUGCAAGCCACACUUCAGCCAGUUGUUCAAAUCUAAAGGAAACUAUGAUGAGGGCUUCGGCCACCGGCCACACAAGGAGCUGUGGGAAGCCCGGGGAGAGGGCGGGGAUGAGGAUGGCACAGAGCAGGUGAAGGAGAGGGCAGAGUUGAGCGAUGCCAAACUGGAGAGCCCCACAGUAGAGGAGUCACCACUGGCCAAAGUCAACAUUCUGGCUGCAACACUGGAGACGCGCACGCAGGGAGCCUCAGAGACCCCGGAGAAGCCAGUGGAGACACGGCGGUUGAAGAUCUCCUGGCCACCGGCUACAGAGGGAGAGAGAGGCCCAGGGGGGGCCAGCCCCACCCUGGAGGGUGGAGCCAUCAGGCCUCUCCGUCCCAAAUGGCCCCCUGAGGACGAGGUCCCAUCCCAGGUUGAGAGCCCAGGACAGACCGAGCUGACAAACCUGCGCCAAAGCUCCUCCCUCAAGGAGCGCAGCCAGGCGUUCUCCCAGGCAAGGCCUGGCUCUUCUCUGGUCUCCCCCAGAGAGCAGCCCCACCCACAGAGGGAGGCACCAGAGAGGAUGGGCUUGUUGGAGGAGAGCCAGCUCACCCCACAGGACCAGAUCGGAGAGAGCAAGACCGAGAGGGACGUGGUGACCUCACAGGAGGACAAUGUUGUAAAUGGGGAGGUCGGUUCUGAGGAAGAGGAGGAGGAGGAGAAGGUGGAGGAGGAUAAAGAGCACAGCUCCACUCAGGAAGCAGAAGAGAGACAUGGAACAUCUCCAGGGGAAGAAGAGGAGGAAGAGGAAAAUGAAGAAGAGGAAGAAGGCGAAGAGCUGGAGCAGCUGUCCUCCCUGAAAUGCCAGAAGGCCCUUCCAGACGGCCUGUCGUCUUCCCCCCCGAUAGAGGGCAAGCACAACCGGACGUCCCAGGAUGUGGGCUUCUGGGACGGGGAAGAAGGCGAAGAGGAAGGCGGAGAACUGACCGUGGAGGAGUUGAUCAAGAGGAACCGCUGCUAUGAGGAGGAGGAAGAGCCAGAGGAAUGAGUCAGCUGCCUCCCCAUCCAAAGCCAUAUACUUAAAACAAAAGAUGCAUUCCCCAAAAGAGGCAAGUCCGCACCCCUCCCCCCAUCUUCUUAAACUUGUUUAUUGAACCCUUCUGAAACCAAAUGGAGAAGUGAGGUCUUGCCCUUCCAUCACAAAGAUGGACCCAGGAGUGCUGCUUUUGUCUUUUUUUUGUGCAAUUCCAGUCUUGGGCGUUCAAUAUUCUUGUGAUUUAUGUCAGUGUUUUUAAAUGUUUCUGGAAAACCUUCACUUGCUUUCAAACCUUAGGAUUUUUGUUAUUGCUGCACAUUAUCAUCUAUCGUACUAUACCAAGCAAACCGCAGGCUAAUUUUGAGAAAUUUUAAAUGGUCCACAAUUGUAAUGCAAGGACAAGCUGGGACAGACUGUUUUGAAAGCAUUUGGUACUUAAACCCAUUGGAACACACAUUUUUAGUACAUCUUUGAAUGCUAAACAAGCUUUUCUUGUCUUAAAUCAAAAAGAAUUAAACUAUGCCAUUUUUAUGGAGUAGUCUUACUAUAGCAUAGGGACUUUGAACUGAAAAGUGCAUUUUAACAGACUUUGUUUGAUUUUGUUGAGAGCCUGUUUUCAGGAGUAGCCCUGACUUCAAAUACCGUAUGGUAGAGGGAUGACCGUGAACCCCAGAUCUGACCCAGGGAUAGAUGUUGAUUGAAGUGGACCGCAGUUAACACUGAUCCCCACUGAAAAUAAUUUCCCGCAAGGGUACAAGCCCUCUGUGUUUAAAGGUGGAGAAUCAGUAUGAUGGCGUACAUUCUUUUGAGAGGAGGGUUUGUCUGUGAAGGGGAGCGGGCAUCCACCUUGGUGCCACACACAUCCCUAUGGGCCAUUUCCGUAUGAUCGACACCACCUCUGGGCUAACACGCCUCACACAGAUAAAACGACUCAGAAGUCACUGGUGGGAAGUGGUAGGGGUAUUUUGCACACUUUGUUUUCAGGGUUAUUUUGCACCUUUGCUUUUUCCACAUGGUGUAUGUUCAGGAUUUCUACACAGAGAGGUGAUAUGACCACAGACAGCCUGUAUGAUGACCAGAUAUUCAGCCCCUGCCUUCGGUCCUCUUGUACGCUCAGAUCAGUAAGAGGAGAUUCCGGUGUUGUCUGCACUGCUAUGCUAGCUGUGGCUGUUCUGUGCCAACAUCUCAAGAAUGUUCCUUAUGGGCCAACACACCAGAACAGCUUCAACAAUGGCAGACCGAACUUUUAGCGUGAAGCAUGCCAAGCCUACAAUCUGGUCAAUACUUUAAAAAAAAUCUGUGAUCUGAUUGUCAUCGUAGAAAUCAAGAUUAUCAUCAAAUGUGUGUUAUUCUUCUCCUUUAAGCCAUACUCAGUAAGUAAAGGAUUUGCAAUACUUUGUACAUUCCAGUUGACUGUAGGUUAUGAAAGCUGGACACGUUUUUUUAAAUGGUUGAUAUUUUAUCUGGGGACCAAACUAAUCAUGUUUUUGUCUGAAAUAUUAAUAAAUGAUUCAUGCAUA